AGACAGAAGCGACAUCAAGAUGCAAGUCAAAGUUGUGGCUUUUUUCCUGGCUAUCUGCCUGCUCACCUUGGAAGGCACCUCAGCUAGACCUGGGAGUAUAGACAGCUUUGACAACAACAAUGUAGGAUCUAACAGUUUCAAUGAUAAUGGAAACAGCUAUAAUUCUGGAGGUUCUGGAGGGAACGGCGGAAGCUUUGAUAACAAUAAGGUUGGCGACAACAGCUUCAAUGACAAUGGGAAUUCCUAUAAUGGACCCGAAAUUGUGUACUAAAAACCUACCACCACUGGUCCAGAUGGUCUCUGCCCAGACUUUUCAUCAAGGAUAUCAUCACUGACUCAAAUGAUUCUUUUUUACUUGGUGUCGAACCUUUAUCUGGUACCAACUGUACAAAAGCUUCUUCUUGCAAAUAAAGUAACAUGACUUAAUCAAUGUACCUUGCAG